ACCACGCAACGCAUCCAUCCAUCUUGUUGUCAUGCAUGCAACGCGAGAUGAGCUUCGGUUGCGGACUAAAGGGUAAAAGGCGUGUACGAGACCACAUCCCGCGCUCUAGGCCCCUGAUCGCACCUUCGCGCUUUCGCGCGUUCGUAGACUCCGACCCCCGAGCUCGGAAGUAAGUCGCAAGCCACAUGGCACAUUUCGUAGCAAACCCUGCUUCUUGUGUGUCGGAGUUUGUCGGCCAUAUCGGCACAGCCGCCUGCUGCUGCUGCUCCACCCGUGGACUCCACAUGCAAUUCUUGGAUGCCUUACAGUAAUGACUCUGUGUUGCACAAUAUAUGAGCGACCUGGAUCCCAAGACAGUAGAGCAACGAACAGCAAUACCUCCGGGUUGACUUGAUAUUCACACCGCCGUCCUUCGAGCAAAUACCCCGGCGUCAAGCCUUGCAGGAUCAACAUGUCCAUACGAAAUGACAAAGAGCUCCCAUCGAGCGCCACCUCACACACGGAACUAGAUUUUGAGAAGAGCAUAGAAGUCACGGUCGACCACCAUACUCGCGAAGACCAAGAGCCCGCAAAAGACGACGAAAUCGGCACCGACCUGGAGAAGCACCUCACCCGCAAAUCGAGCAAAGGGUCCAAAAAAGAAGAUUUUGUCGAAAAGUACCCGUUGUCAGAUCUUGACGCCGGCCUGGUGGGAUGGGACACGCAGGAUGAUCCUCUGAACCCGCGAAAUUUCCCGCGCAAGAGCAAAUUGUUCAUUUUGUUUCUGGUUUCCGCGAUCACGUUCUUGAGUCCGCUUGCAUCGAGUAUUUUUGCGCCGGGGAUCCCAUUUGUCAAUGCGGACUUUCACAAUACUUCUCAGCUCUUGGGAUCUUUCGCAGUCUCUGUGUAUAUUCUCGGUUUUGCGGUCGGACCACUCUUCCUCUCACCACUCUCCGAGAUCUACGGCCGCUGCAUCAUCAUGAACAUGAGCAAUGCCUUCUUCUGCGCCUUCACACUCGGAUGUGCACUUGCACCAAACCUCGGCGGUCUCAUCGCUAUGCGUUUCUUCGCCGGCGUUGGAGGCAGCGCUUGUCUGACCAUCGGCACUGGUGUCAUCGCAGAUCUCUUUGUUGCGUCGCAGCGUGGAAAAGCUGUUGCGUUGUAUUCCAUGGGUGUCCUGUUCGGUCCCAUCAUAGGGCCCAUCUGCGGUGGCUUCAUCGCGCAACGCGCCGGCUGGCGAUGGGAUAUGUGGGUCGUUCUCAUCGUCGCGGUUCUGCUCACCGCUGGACUAUUCGUCUUCAACCGCGAGACUAACCACGGCGUGCUUUUGAACCGCAAGACCAUCCGCCUACGAACCGAGCUACAGCGCCCAGAACUCAUAAACAUAAUGAACAACGACAAACCCGCCGCAGCCCUCCAACCAGAAGUCAUCUUACUGAACGGCAUCACGCGACCUAUGAAGAUGCUCUUGACCCAGCCCAUCGUUCUUCUCUGCUCGCUUUACAUGUCGUUCCUCUUCGGCCUGCUCUACCUGCUCUUCACCACGCUCACACCCGUCUUCAUCCAGACAUACGGCUGGGAAGCAGACAUAACGGGCCUAGCCUAUCUCGGGAUAGGAAUUGGCAGUCUCAUAGGCAUCAGUUUCGUUGCAAAGACGUCCGACGCAACAAUCAUCAAGCUCGCGAAGCUCAACGGCGGGAAGUAUGAGCCGGAGAUGCGUUUACCGCUGUGUGUGUUCUUCGGCUUUCUCAUCCCUGCAACGUUUUUCUGGUAUGGAUGGACGGCUCAGUAUAAAGUGCACUGGAUCGUGCCGAUUAUCAGUCUCAUACCCUUUGGUGUCGGCAUAAUGGGUAUCUUCGCCCCGCUGCAGACAUACCUGAUCGACUGCUUCCCGCAAUACGCCGCGAGCGCAAUCGCAGGAAUGACAUGCUUGCGCUGCCUUUUUGGUGCGCUUCUUCCGCUCGCAGGGCCGUCGGUGUACGACACGCUUGGCCUUGGGUGGGGGAACAGCAUUUUGGGAUUCAUUGCGAUUGCAUUCAUUCCGGUACCGGCGCUGUUGUUCAAGUACGGAAUAAUUAUUAGGGAGAGGUAUCCAAUCAGGUUUUAGAGUAGAUACGGAGGGAGCGGGAUGGUGGUGGUGCGAUUCAUACACAGUAAUAGACACGAUCUCGGAGCUACAAGAUGUAAUAACACGGAGAAGUGAGUUCUCGGGACCAUAAUGUUUAGCACGGUCCUCUCUGAAAAGGCGUCGUUUGCUUUCAACUGGGACAAGGGCCACCAGCUGCUU